AUGACUGCUUCGUUUUGGCGAUUAUGGCGCACUCUGGCGAGAGUUCAAACUCUUAGCUUCCGCAAUGCUCGAAAAGGAAACUGCAGCGACAAGAAUGACGAAAGGCCAAGGUUGGACGACGAAAGAGUGGGAGACGAUGCAAAGAUGCAGGCGACGAGGCGAGAUGUAGAUGAUGCUGACCGUCGUAUGUGGCGGGAGGACGGGAUGCGAGAGGAAUGGAGGGGAGAUCGAUCGUCAUGUGUUCAGGAAAAGGAUGAGCGAUGGGAGUGA